CUUCUCUUCCCUUUCCUCGUCAACGACCAUUUUUCAUUCAGCGAAUUAUCCUAUUCAACACUCAUUGCCUACCAUCUCUCUCCUUCCUUCUCUGCGACACAUUCUUUCUUUCUUUCAUUCAAUUUCAUCUUUCACAAAUUAUUCCACAGCCUUCACCUCUGCGCGUUCAUUAAUCACUUCCCAAAUCGCUAAGAAAUUGAUGGUGUGAUGGGUCUCUAGUAAGGGACUUGUUGGAAUUGAAGAGCUUGGGAUUAGUUAAUGAUUUUUUGUGAGUGACUGAGGAGGGUUCUUAUGAAGAGUGGUGGAGCUACUGAGUUGAAUACCUUUUACCCCAUUAAACCAGAAUGCGUAGCCGAUGUUCCAGCCACUCGUUUUAAACCAAGGGCUGGCAAAACUCUAAGUCAAAGAAGAUGGCAUGCAUCAUUCUCUGAAGAUGGUCACUUGGAUAUUGCAAAAGUGCUAAGACGAAUUCAGCGAGGGGGUGUCCAUCCUUCAAUCAAAGGAGAAGUUUGGGAGUUCUUGCUAGGUUGCUAUGAUCCUAACAGUACACUUGAAGAACGGAAUGAGCUCAAGCAACGCAGGAGGGGGCAGUAUGAUAUGUGGAAAGCUGAAUGUCAAAGGAUGGUCCCAGUCAUUGGUACUGGAAAAUUUAUUACUACACCCCUCUUUGAUGAUGAUGGUCGGCCAACAGAUCCUUCUUUGGUAGGCAUCCAGACUUCAGAUAAGAAAGUUUUGCAGUGGAUGCAGUUAUUACAUCAGAUUGGUCUGGAUGUUGUUCGAACAGAUCGAGCACUUGUCUUUUAUGAGACUGAAGUUAAUCAAGCAAAACUCUGGGAUGUUCUAUCCGUUUAUGCUUGGUUGGACAAUGAUAUUGGUUAUGUACAAGGAAUGAAUGAUAUUUGUUCACCUUUGAUUAUGCUUAUUGAGAAUGAAGCAGAUUGCUACUGGUGCUUUGACCGUGCAAUGCGAAGGAUGAGAGAGAACUUCAGGUGCAAUGAAAGUUCAAUGGGGGUCCAAUCUCAGUUGGGUGUACUCUCACAGAUAAUAAAAACAGUUGAUCCCAAGCUUCACCAUCACCUCGAGGAUUUAGAUGGAGGAGAAUAUCUCUUUGCAUUUCGCAUGCUUAUGGUUCUUUUCCGAAGAGAAUUUUCUUUUGCAGAUACCUUGUAUCUUUGGGAGUUGAUGUGGGCCAUGGAAUACAACCCAAACAUCUUCCAAAAAUAUGAGGAUCCAGAUAAAGCAAAAGGCCCCUCACCUCCAAAUGACAAACUUUUAAAGCAAUAUGGAAAAUUUGAGAGAAAAAAUGUGAAGACUGGGCAUAGAGAGGAAACUAGUGCACUGUCUGUUUUUCUUGUUGCAAGUGUUCUUGAGAUCAAGAAUAGGCGGAUUUUAAACGAGGCCAAGGGUGUGGACGAUGUUGUUAAGAUCUUGGGUGACAUAACCUCAAAUCUUGAUGCUAAAAAAGCAUGUACUGAAGCACUGAAACUUCAGAAAAAAUACCUGAGCAAGGCAAAGAAGGCAUGACAAAGACAAUAGAUUUUCUGUAACUAUAUGAUGGCAGCUGUGGUUACAUGAUCUUCUGAGAUGGAUGACAAUUACAAAUUGGAGGUUAUGCAAACAAAGAUUUGGAUAUCUGUGCAUGCUUGUGUUUGGUAAUAUGUUCCCAAUUACUUUCAUGUGUGUAUGAAAGAUUAGUAAGUUGUAAUUUUGGAAUUCGUUAAAGUAUUUUUGAAGGUGUAAUUUAUUAACUUACAUUUUUUAAAAAAUAAGUUGGAGUAAAUUGAUA